AUGUCCCCACAAAGCACGACACAACAGAGGCCACGCACAGUCCCCAGACGGCUCGUUUUAUUGACAUUUCGGCCACGCGGGGUGCAUCGUUGGUCCUGCCCCCCGUCCUCCCCGCGGCUCCCCUUUACCUGGACGCUUUCGGGGCGCCAGCGGUCUCUGCUGGAAAACCGGGUUGGCCUCCCCUGCGAGCAGCCGGGCCUGGAGAGUUGGAGAGCUGGGCGGUGGGGUUCGCAGGAGGGGCCCCGACAGCAGCGUCCUCGCCCAGCAGGCCAGCAGCCUGAGUCCAUCCUCGGGCAUCAAGGGGGCCCCAAGGACGUGUCCCCCGGCGCUCCCCACCAGUCCUCGGGCCUGACUUGCCCGGACGUCAGCGCCAACGAGGAGCCGUUCGGGGUUCGGUCGCCCGCCCGUCCGCCCAACAGGUCCCCAAGAACCCGUGGCACCAGCGGGCACACGGGCUGCGAGGAGACGCCCUGCCAGCGCCGUCAGCUCCAGCCCCUUCGGCAGCGUCGCCCGCUCAGCUGUCAGCCUCAGCCCUUCGGCGCCGUCGGUCCCCCCGGCCCAGCCCGGCCAGCUUCGGCCUCCGCGGCGCGUCGCUCCGUGCUGAGUCCAGCCGGGCGCCGGCUCCGUGCGUUCGGCCCCGUCAGCCUCGCCAGCUCGGCGACGGCCGCAGCCAUCUUGAAGCGAGCGCAGACGAACAAAGAGCGAGCGAGCGAGUCCCCGCCGCGCCUCCGCUCCCUCUCGCCCGCCCGCCUGACCUCCGCUUCGCGCCCCGCGGCGCUUCCCCGUUCCCCGUUCCCGGCCGCGCUCCCGCCCCGCAGCCACCAACCCGCCCGCCCGCCGCUUCCCCCACCCCGCGGCCCGCCCGCGCCUCGGCCUCUGCCGCUCGCAGCCAUUGGCGGCGCCUUUUAA